ACCGCCAUUUUCUAUAAAUUACAUAAUAUUUUAGCACGUCUUGAUGAAUCUAGUAGUGGACAAUCCUCUGAUGAGAUCACAUCAACUAUUGACAAGCCCAGAAGGAAGAAAAAGAAAUAG